UCGUUGCGUGCAGUCAUCCUACAGCUACCUUUUGUUUUGUGAUCUCCAAACAAAGCGCGAACUAAAAUAAAUUCAAACUAAAAUGGCCUUCAAGUAUCUGAUCUUCGCCUCGGCCCUGUGCCUGAGCCUUGCCUAUCCGCUGGAGCACCAGUACUACGAGGAGAGCCAUGGCUAUGAGCAUUUGGCCCACCACGAGGCAGAGCCCAUUCACGAGUACGGUCAUCACCAGCUUGAGCGCAUCUCUUUGGGUGAGGACCAUGGACAUCAUCAGAUCGAGCAUGUGCAUCACGAGCAGCCUCACUACGAGACCCACGAGCAUGAGGGGCAUGACGAGCAUGUGGACUACUAUGCCCCUCCCAAGUACGCCUUCAAGUACGGAGUCAAUGACUUCCACACCGGUGAUGUGAAGUCCCAGCACGAGACCCGCGAUGGUGACACCGUCAAGGGCCAGUACUCGCUGGUGGAGCCCGACGGUUCCAUUCGCACCGUGGACUACACCGCCGACAAGCACAAUGGCUUCAAUGCCGUGGUCCACAAGACUGCCCCAGUGCACCACCAUGAGGAGCUGCACGAUCAUCACUACUAAGGAGGGAAUCACUGCUCACUAGAGUUAGCCAAAUUACUCAUCAGCCGGAGGAGGAGAGGGACGAAAUAUAGGAGAAGGAGAAGUAGACGGAGAAGGAUUAUGAGGAUCCACAUCGAUCGACCAUGGAAUCAGCUUCAUAUCUCGUAAUUAGGACAUCAGCAAACACACACAUGCCACGGACCAUUCGGGGAGGGACCUUCACUAGACUUCAGGACCUCCCUCGUGGCCAUGCCCACUUCAUUAACAUUUUGUAUAUUGUAUUUUAUUCUGUGAUAGCGAAUAACUUCUACGUGUAUCUUCCGCUUUCAACUGAUCCUUAGUCAUCACUACCUGCUCAGACGAAUUUACCAAUCUUUAAACUGUAAUCUGUAAUCUAUAAACUUUAAACUGUAAUCUGUUAUCUGUAAUGUAUACUUAUGUCUUCUCGUAAAAUGUAAAACUUGUUACAGAGA